AUGAGUAAGCUUUCAAAAAAUAUGUCAAAGGGUAAAGACAACUUGACGCAAGUUGAUGCAUCGUUGGAUCAACCUCUCGAUGUCGAUGCUCCACCCACAAUUUACGGUACUAAAGUGAAACCAGAGCUGUGUUCUGCAGCAAUGAACCUGGCCAUGGACUCCGUGAAGCAGCAGCAAUCACUUUCGAACAAGUUUAUGAUCAAACACCCUUUUACUGGAUUCAUUCUUUUGAUUGCAACAGUCAUCUAUCUGGCUCCAAGAAUCAUAUUACCAAGAAACAUUAAAUCAGGGUCCAUUACGGGCUUUCUGUACCAGCUGGUUCAUUUUAAUGUGUAUAAUUUUGGUACUGCGUUGGCAAUAGUUUCGCUUACAGGCAUGUGUCUUUUCACCGUAUAUUCCAGAAUCUCUGAGUUCUUUUUUAAAACAAAGCUAUCUGAGAUCACUGAUAAUAGUGGUGAGAAAAUCUUUGGUGUUGAUUUACGCAAACUAGCAACAAAAGACAAAAAAGCACUCUCCUCCAAACAAAAUGAUAAUACCUACAUCAUUAUCUAUAGAGAAGCACCUAUCGCAUUGAUAUCUAUAAAAGAAAACGACACGCUAUCUUCGAAGGAGGCUUUAGUGGUGAGUAUCUCGACUGUCGGGUGUCGUAAGGUUUAUAUCAAAAGUGGUAUCAUGGAGGAUUUACUUGAUUGGGCAAUGUUGCGUACAAAGACAAUAAACAAAGAGGGUAAUUAUGGGCAAUCAAUGAAACUACUGAUUUCUGUGUACUCCUUUGAGACUGAUUUGAAACAUAUUUUAAAGCGGAAGGGAUUUACUUUGGUUCAAAGCACCAAAAGUGUUGAAAGUAGAUUAUUAGGUGGUUUGUUUGGCGCUAGAAAAGAACUGUGGGGGAUUCAAUUUCAUUUUGAACCAGCCAAGCAAGAAUAA